AUGAUUCAGGAUCAGAGUCAGGAACCAUCAAAUUGGUUCCCAAAAAAUUUAUUGCUCUCCAUUGCUGAUGGAGAUAGGCCAGAUAUCUGGAUUGCUGAACUUGUCAAUAUCAUUGACAUUAAUUAUUAUAGCCUUGAACGACGGAUCUUUGAUCCAAAGACUAAGUGCACUGCUUAUAACAGUGCUAUCUUGGGCACGAUCACGAGAUAUACUGCAACCACGCUGCCGUGUGUGCUUCCAGCAAAAAGAUCACCUAUUUUUUGGAAGACCUUAAAUGGUCAAGAGGUGACAAUAUCCAGGAAGUACGCAACAGUGGAGGGAUGUUGCGAAAAAUUGAACGUCCUCCUUCUGGAAUAUCAGACUUGGCACUUUAAAUACUAUAUCGCUUACUGGACGCUCCAUGGAGAUUGUCAACCUGAUGAAAAGGCAAAGGAUGCCGUCAGGAAAACACCAUCAUCAGAGAUACCAUUGAUAUGUGGCCAUGCUAGAGAUAAAGCAAAUGGAUUUCACGGUGUUCAUGGAGGCUUUGGCUCCGGGUCUCAAAACGAAGACGGUGUGCGAAUUCUGGAAUUUGCUAAUGAACAUGAACUUUCUCUGUUGAACACCUACUUCAAGAAGAGGGCAGAACAUUUGAUCACAUAUAAAAGCUAG